GGUGAUUAGGCUUUCUCAAUCAAAAACUGUUGUUAUGGUAUCAAAGCCUUUCUAAACCCUAGCCACCGCAGACAUGGCUGAAAAUUCCCGACCAAAUGCAGGUAGAAAUGUUGCUGCAAAUGCACAGCCCAAUGUAGAUCCCAUGGCAAAUCCCUACUAUCUGCAUGGUUCUGAGCAGCCAAGAUUGAUCUUGGUGGGAGAGAAACUUACCACCACCAACUACAAUGACUGGAGCCAUGCCAUGUUGAAUGCUUUGGGAUCCAAGAACAAGCUUGGUUUCGUCAUUGGUUCAAUCCCACAUCCAGGAAAGAAUCAUCAGAAUGCAUGAUCCUAGAAUAGGAACAAUGUCAUGGUCCUUUCAUGGAUCCAAGAAGCAGUUGAGGCCAGCAUCCGUAAAACAAUUAAUUAUGUCCUGCAAGACCUCCCUUGAAGCCUGGAGAAGUAUGAGAUCAAGGUAUGGCCAAGGACAUGUGGUAAGAAUUACUGAACUCACUAAAACUCUAAGCAAUCUCAAACAAGGUAGUCAGUAUGUCACAAAAUAUUAUGGCAACCUAAUUGUUAUUAGAGAUGAGUUGGAUAAUUAUCAGCCUCAUCAACCCUGCACCUGCACACCAACUAGUCGAGAAACAUGUGCAGCAGCGAGGCUAGUGUUGCUAACAGAGACACAAAUUAUGUCAUACACUUUCUAAGGCGUUUGAAUGAGAAUUUUUCAAGUAUUAGAUCUCAAGUUCUGUUUGGUGAUGCCCUGCCGACUGCCAUCCAUUGAUCGAGUCUUCCAAAGGAUGUUGCAACAUGAAAGACAACAAUAUGGAACACAAAAAAUAAACCUCUUGUUGUGGAAAGUGUGAGUUUGGCAGCACAUAGCAGCACCAACUCUCAAAUCAGAAGGCCAAGACGUUGCUACACUCAUUGCAAGUUUCUUGGACACACUGAGAAAACCUGGCACUCAUUGCAAGUUUCUUGGCCACCAUGCAUGAAUUCAAGGCCAACCCAACCCUUUAGGAAGGGUUCUGGAGUGCACCUACUACAAGAAACAAGGACACAGUGAGGAGAAAUGCUUCAGCAAACAUGGCUAUCCAAACCCAAUGGGAGGUCGCAGAAGCAAAGCUCAGGCAAACAUAGCAAGUGCAGAGGAUUUGCACCGGUAACUAAAGCUUACUAAGGCAGAUUACAUGAAGCUAAUCUCCAAAAUUAAUGAAAAAGGUAAUCAAAG